AUGGAUCAAAAGAACUCUAAAGAUAAAUUUGCGCCCUUUGGUCUUUUACAGGCUGGUAUGAUGAAUAAACAAUCUAAAACCGCCAAGGCACAAGAACAAUUCGCUAGAGAUUAUGGAGUCGGUAUGGUACUACCACCAACAAAAGUACCUGAACCUCAAUUUGGAUUAUUGGGUCUUGGUGCAUUGCUCACAGAAAGAGAUAGAGAGAAGAGGGGAUUAGAAUCAAAUCAAAGAAAGUAUAACGAAGCAAUUCAGCAACAAACACCUUUAAUGCCUUAUAAUAUGGCUUCUCAAGCACCACCUCAAAUGCCAAUGAUGGAUCCACGUAUGUCAAUGAUGAUGAGCUCACCAAUGAUGAUGAAUAAUGUGAUGCCACCAAUGCCACCGAUGUCAGCACCAGCAGCACCACAAUAUUUUGAUCCAACAAUGUCGAUGAUGGCAAUGAAUGCUAUGCAACAGCAACAACUAAUGAUGCAGGGCAUGAUGCAUGCGCAACAAGCAUAUAAUGCAACUCUAUAUCAAUUCCAGCAAUCGAAUUCUAACUAUAUGCCUCAACAACCGGUACCACCACCACCAAUGCAUCAAUAUUCAUCUGACGGUGCUGGACUUGGUGUGGGUUUCAAUCAAUCUACUGGUAGAAUGAGUACUGGGCCAUACAUGAAUCCAAAUCAUAGCUCUUCAAGACCGCGUUCAACAUUCUUUUCUGACGCAAAGUAA